AGUGUAGCCUCCCUCCGUCCCGCAUGGAUGGCUGGCGGGCUGACUGGCUGGCUGCUCAUACUGCUUCGCUCGGAAUGGAAAGGAACUUACGGAAUUCCCGAUUCGGUCAAUGUGAUCAAAAUUUCCCAAUCCUGCUCGGUCGCUGACUCACCCACUGUAUCGCCCUAGUUUCGCCAGCCUCACUCACUGCCUCGCUCGCUCGCUCGCUCGCUCCCAGGGUCGUGUAUAUCUGGGAGCCCGCAUCGCUGCAACAUUCGCUCUCAUCUAUUCGCAAUUAGUGGAAGGGUGGCGGUCGAGAAGGUUGGUGGUUUUGGGGACCUAUAGAUCUUUGUGCCUCUUGCGGGUGUUGGCGUGUGCGGUGUCGUACGAUUUGGUCUCUUGGUGGGUGACGAAGAUUGGCUGUUUCGCGUUCGUGUAAAAGAGGAGGUGGUUGGUUGUCGUAACAAUGGAGGGCUUCGCGCUUCAGCACCAGCAUGGAAAGGCCAAGGUGAGAGUCGGGCGGUUGUGGCGGGGCGCGACAUCCCAGGAGCACCGCUUCGUGGAGUGGAAUGUCUCCGUAUCGAUUACCUCCUUCGUCCUUCCUGCUUUCACGGAUGGUGAUAACUCCAAAAUUGUCGCCACGGACUCCAUCAAGAAUACGAUUUAUUAUUUGGCCAAGCAGUGCACAGAGGAGCUUUCAUUGGAAGAUUUUGGGGUCGUUGUGGGACAGCAUUUCCUGCGCACCUAUCCCAAGAUUGUUACUGGAGCCAAAGUCAUACUAUCUCAGAAGCCGUGGGAGAGAGUAGUCGUGGAUGGAGUUGAGCACAAUCAUGGUUUUAAGUUGGGCUCUGGUAAACACACCGCGGAAGUCAUCAUCGGCAGUAACGGAUGUGUCAAAGUGACAUCUGGAAUCACCGAUUUGUCGUUAUUGAAAACAACUCAGUCUGGAUUUGAAAAGUUUGUCCGCGACCAGUUCACCAUAUUGCCAGACACAGAUGAGCGCAUGCUAGCCUCAACCAUCACUGGCGUGUGGAGUUACUCCGGCAAGCCCGCGAAUUACCAGAGGAGUUGGGAAGCGGUGAAAAAAGUACUUAUGGACACAUUUUUCGGUUCGCCCCCCACUGGUGUGUAUAGUCCCUCCGUCCAGCAUACUCUGUAUCAAAUGGCUAAGGCCGUACUAGUCAGGUUUCCAGAGAUCGAGAACAUACACUUGAACAUGCCAAACAUCCAUUUCCUACCUGUUAACUUACCUACGGUGGGCGUCAAGUUCGAGAACGAUGUCUUUCUUCCAACCGAUGAACCCCAUGGUUCGAUAGAAGCCAAGCUCUCCCGGAUGGAAAUUUUCCAGUGCAAGUUAUGAAAUCGUGAGGUCUCAUCGGGUUCAUGCCAACGCCAGGAAUCCUUGAAGGUAUCGAUGUGCGGAUUGAGGAGAAGUUUUGACGUAUGCUGCAGGCAAAUGAAGUUUUCGCUAAUACCUGACAACAUCUUGCUUUCUGCAGUCAACCCAUAACCAACUGCCUUGUCAUGGUCAUAGCUUCUCAUAGAAUACGCAGAUGCUUUUAAGCUUUAAAGAGUGAUAAUAAAACCUGACUUUGGGUUGUAUAUUUUUAGCAAUGGGCUCGUAUGAGCUUGUUGAAUCUCUUAUAAUAUUCUUUGGUAUGCACCAGGAAAAGUAAUUUGUCUUUU